AUGAGUAUGAUUGAAGACCAGGACGUACCUGGUCGAAGUAGAGAGAGGGCAUUGGAAGGCUACGGAAAUAUAUCGGGGAGAUCCAGUUCAACACAUAAUACACUUGAUGGAGAUAGGGAGAAGAGUAGAAUGAGAAGGAUACCAAAAACAGUGCAGGCGGUACUUCAUCGUAAUAAACCAACCAAUGUAAUUAAUGAAGAUAACAUAAUGCAAGAACAUGUGAAUAAUGAUGGCAUCAAUUUGAGUCGAGAAAAAUUAUCAUCGAUUUCGCCUGGCAUAGGGUUGCCUCCAGAUCAACAUUGUUACCAAUAUGCCGACGAGAACCAUAAUAUACGUCCCCGAUUUAAACGAAGUAAAUCUUCCCGGAAACGAAGGCCAAUUCAAAGGCAACGUUUGAAUCUGAAUUACGGAAACGAAGGAUUGGUGCAUAGUAACAUGGAAAAUAGUUCGCCCUUAGAAACUUUAAGCAAGAAAAUAGAGGAGCCCAAUGGACAUGAGAGAUUUUAUAAUUAUGGUAAUCCUGAUAAUUCAUUUCGUGGUUUGCAAAGUAAUGAAAGUGAAAUUAUAAAUAAUGUACAUUCAGAUCUUUCAUAUAGAACUACUGCAACAACACCUUCAUCAGUCAUAGCUUCUGCUGCUAAUAAAAUCUAUAAUAGAAUGAGUCAGCUUUUUAAAGAUGAGUCUAAUAAUUUGUAUUCCCUAUCACGAGUUUCGUCUUCUUAUACUUUGAAAGGAAAUGAACUGUCUGAGGAUAAAAAAUCCCCGAAAGAAAAUGAUCUGGAUGCAAUAAGGACAGUAGAUGUAAAAUAUGAGAGCGAGCUGGAUGAUGAGGAUGCUGAAUUAGAUGAAGAAUGUGGACCUGACUUCUCACAGAAGAUGAAUUCUAAACAUAAUACAGACAAUUGGUCUAAUAUUCCUGAUAAUAUAAAUGAUACUCAUCGCAUAGAUGCAAAUAAAAUUAAUUACAAGGAGACUUUACAAGAAAUUAGUGACUUUCAAAAUAACUUCGUGAAAAAAUACAAUAAUGAUAUCCCUAUACCUAUUGGAGACCUUGGUCAGAAAAAUACUAGUAGGACCUUGCAAAAAAUCUUAGAUUAUAAGGAUUUGUAUUCUGAGGAGGAAGACUCUUCUAACUCUACAUCAAAUGCAAACCUAUCUUCAAAAUGGCGCUCACUAGUUCCAGGAAAUACAUCCUACGAUUAUGGGAUCAAAAUUCAACACGAAGCAAUAAUGUCUGAAUAUACUCAGAUCAAAUUACGAUUUUCCAGCUCCUUAUCUGAUGCCUCAGCUGAAACGUAUUCCCUACCUAAUGAGAAGGUUCCAUCCAAAUUACGAAUGAAAUCAAAAGCAGGAGUUUUGGGAUUUGUCGAUAGAUCAAGAUAUUUCACAAUGCAAGAUAACCAUGAAAAAGAACAGAACACUGAAAAUUUGGAUGAAUAUACAACAGAUAGCACAACAAACAAUUACUUUGAGAGGGUAGAUUCAGCGAAUAAGGACGAGUAUGUCUCCAAUCUAUGGAAUAAUGAAGUGGAUCGCAUGUUUCCUAUACUUGAUUCCGAUUCUCCUGCUACAACAUUCGCCUCUACUCCUGACUUGCAUCCUCCUAGGAAAAUGAGUAUAGAUUUGAAAAGUGAAGAUUAUGAUAUUUAUCAAAAAACCCCUGAUAACAAUCAUACUGCUACCAAAUCUAUAGACCUUUCUCAGAUGGCAAGGAACGUACGGUUUAGGCGUUAUGCUUAG